AGAGCAGCUUGUUGCACGACCAGCUUCUUGGUAAACUAACUUGAGUCCGACGUUAAAAUCUCAACCAGUUGCCUGACAAACCGCGUUUUGCGUGGACCGACGCGCAUGUUCGCUACGGUGAAAGAUCAAGCUGUAAUUGCCUUGACUUAACGAGUCCUUUACGGCAGUUUUCAUCGAGCUCUAGUGUUGUCUGCGUGAUUUGUGGCAAAGAAACAGCAGCAGCGGGUCAUGGUGACCAGAUUCUCGGACAGAAGAUAGUGCCUUCUCUGAUGAGGUUCCUACUUGAAGCUGCUUACCACUCACAUUCUACACUGUAAACAACACUAGCUUAGCCUCCAAUGCGUCUGGCCCUACGUAUUUUUCACGCGACGACUGAGUGCGACAGACUACAGUGAUAACAUCUCUGACUUGCCAAAGCACAAGGAAACCGACAGUCUUCGUCCAUUCACAAACCGUUCAUAGAUAUUGUUCCAAGCAGAGCCAUUGCAUUCAAGUGGCAUAAAGGACAUUUUGAAGACAAAUCCAUCAGUUUUACGGAUGUCCUCGAGCAUGGUUGCGCUAGUGUUGUGCACAUGGGACUACAUGACUGAUGAAUAACUUGGCAGAGAUUGACAGCUUCACUGUUAGCGGCCAUCUCCCGUGCUACAGCCAAAGGGGGUUUGAAUGUGACAGCUCUAUUUAAAGGUCCCUGCAAACUAAAACAACACUCAACUUCAUUCUGACAGUCUGUAGAUUAUUUCAGCCCAAAUCAAAACUAUCCCCAACACCUUAUAGUGAAGCAGCCUACACGUUUCAGCACAGCUUUGCUAUGGCUUUAAACAUCGCUUCGAUGCGAGACACAAAAUGGCUCACUCUCGAGGUGUGCCGACAGUUUCAGAGGGGGACGUGCUCACGUAGCGAUGAAGAAUGCAAAUUCGCGCACCCACCCAAGAGCUGCCAGGUGGAGAAUGGAAGGGUGAUCGCCUGCUUUGACUCGCUGAAGGGUCGGUGUUCAAGAGAGAACUGUAAGUACCUUCAUCCACCAGCACAUCUGAAGACACAGCUGGAAAUCAACGGACGCAACAACCUGAUCCAGCAGAAGACCGCAGCAGCGAUGUUGGCACAACAGAUGCAGUUCAUGAUCCCUGGCACCACCAUGCAACCAGUGCCUACAUUUUCCGUCAGUCAAGGUCUGGGCUCGAACCCUGGUCUGAGUUACGCGCCGUAUCUGACUCCCAUGAGUCACAGCAUGGGUCUGGUCCCCACAGAGAUGCUCCCCAGCACCCCCGUCAUCAUGCCCAGCAGCCCGCCAGUCAGCAUGCAGAGCUCCUCCUCCACACAGAAACUACUGCGCACAGACAAGCUCGAGGUGUGUCGCGAGUUUCAGCGGGGUAACUGCGCACGCGGCGAGACUGACUGCCGCUUUGCCCACCCUAGUGACAGUCCCAUGAUCGACACGAGCGACAACACGGUUACCGUGUGCAUGGACUACAUCAAGAGCCGCUGCUCGCGUGAGAAGUGCAAGUACUUCCACCCUCCCGCGCACCUGCAGGCGAAGAUCAAAGCGGCGCAGCAUCAGGCCAAUCAGACGGCCGUCGCAGCGCAAGCAGCCGCUGCAGCCAUGACUCAGUCGACUGCCAAAGCAAUGAAGCGACCCCUCGAGGCAACUGUAGAUAUGGCGUUUCCACACGGAGUCCUGCAGCCUCUACCAAAGAGACCAGCACUAGAGAAGAGUAAUGGAGCCAGUACGCUCUUCAAUCCCAGCGUCUUCAAUUACCAGCAGGCUCUGGCCAACGCACAGCUACAGCAGCACACUGCCUUCUUUCCAACAGGGUCAGUUCUUUGCAUGGCACCUGCUAGCAGCAUUGUACCCAUGAUGUACAGUGCUACGCCUGCUACUGUCUCUGCAGCAACAACUCCUGCCACAAGUGUCCCCUACGCAACAACAGCACCAGCCAAUCAGAUCAUCUUGAAGUAAACCACCGAAGAGGAACUGGAUGCCAGGAAGCUGCUUUGAGAAACCCAAAAAGAUCCCAGUGUAAAUACAACCUGCCCUCCCCUAUAGAACUGGAGCAACCUGCAUGCUAAAGAGUAUACAACAACCAAUCAACUACAGUACACGUGGAGUGAUGGUGUGCUACUAUAUACACACAAACACACAAUAUAUGCUCGGAAAUGUAACUUGUAAAUGACACAACUGGUUUCUGAGUAGAUUACAAGCAAAAGUUAUAGAAAACGAGAUGAAAAAAAAAAAAUAUAUAUAUAUAUAUAUAUAUAUAUAUAUAUAUAUAUAUAUAUAUAUAUAUAUAUAUAUAUAUAUAUAUAUAUAUAGACACUAUAUAUAUAUGUUAAUGUAAAGCACGUUUCAUAGAGGCAUAAGUGAGAAUUUAUUCGAAUGAUUGGUCACUUGUCAGAUAAUGUGUAUUUUUCUCCCAUAUUUGUUUUUGAUUGAAAGCAAAUGCACAAUGUACACCCUAAGCGGGAAAAAGACAAAAUAAGAAAACACACAUUUUGUUUGCACUAUUAGAAAAUAGUGCUUGAUACGAAGUGCUUGAUUGUCUUGAAAUUGGAGGAAUUUUUCUGCAAUGUAUGUCUUAAAUAUCCCCACGCGUUCAAGGCGCGGGAAAGAAGGGAUUGCUUUCGUUUGAAAACAACAAAACAAAAAACGAAUGUCACAGGGCAGACAACAUCAUGUCUGCAGAUUGAUUGAUUGAUUGAUUGAUUGGAUUGAUUGUCUACUGGUCCAAAUGCGCUCCCUCGAAACCUUUCUGGAUUUCACCUGAUCAAUGUUUUGUCUUCGGAACGGCUUACCGAGCGAAAACGACAGUGACUCUUCAUUCCCAAUGGCCAAAGAAAGGUUUACAACAAAGACAAAGUGCAAAACAUCAAACAAACUUCAGUGUCAGAAGUGUGAAUGUGGCAAACCAAGUGCCAUCUGUCUGCGAAGGACUGUGUUUUACCAAUCCCUUUCGGUGAUUUUAUUUUUUAGUUAUCUUCUUUUUUUAAGUGGACGUUGAAUGAUUUCGAUGCGUCCAUCUGGAAGUCGACUGUGGCUUCUGUUCCGUGCCAAGGGCUUAAACUAAACUGGAGAGCUGCUGUAAACAAACUCGUACACACUCAUACACAUGCACGGACUAGCCUCACGUGCACGAGUCAGAAACGGGACAGACGAACGGACUUCUCGAACCUGUCUGUUGCCUGUUCAUUGACCCAUUCUCAAGCAUUGGUUUGGGAUAUGAAGAGGAGGAGGGGGCGCACAAAAUGCGACGUUGCAGUAGACGAUCUUCAACUCGACGCGUUCUGAAUGGAGGGCUAACUGUGACGGCAGUGCGCUCUCACCGAUAAUCCUGUUUUAUUUGAUAAACAGUAGAAGUGCCUAAAAUAUAUAUUUUACACAGCAAGCAUCUUGAAAAGGUGACUUUAUGUGGGGUGGGUGUUAUAAAAAUACUCUUUGAAGAAGAAAGCAAAGCCCCAAAAAAUAUCUUGGCCAAUUUGAAAAGAAAACAAACAAAAAACGUAAACGCAUUUCAUGCGCGUCAUGGUCUGUUUCAUUUUCUGGUAUCAAAAUAUUGAAUCGUUUUCACACCAGUGGAUCAAGAUGGUGUAGGUGGAACGUUCAUUUUGUUGUACUAUGUUAUAGAGGUAGACCGAUAUAUCGGUUUUACUGAUUAAUUGGCGUCGAUAGUUGCUUUUUGGAACUAUCGGUUAUCUGCAAAAUCUAUGUCGAUAGUUGCCAAUAGUUGCUGUCAUUUCGUCAUUUAAAAAUAAGAGUCCCCGGUGUGUUUCAUUCUUGUUUAUACUUAAAAGUCCUUAAUUAUGCGUCAAAUAAUUUUUUUCUUAUUAUUAGGAUUUUUGUUGGGAAAAAAAUUGCUUCUGGGAUUAUAUUCAUUUUGGACUCUUUGUCUUUGCCUGUCAUACUAAAAAAAAAAAAUUACAUUCUAUAAAUCAAUUUUAAAAACUAUUAAUCAGUUAUCGGCCUUUCCCACCACAUUUGUUAUUGGUAUUGGCAAAAUCCACUAUCGGCCGACCUCUACUAUGUUAGCUUUUACCAUGGUUAUUUGAAGUAGUUUACAUUGGAAAUGUAAUUGAGGAAAGGACUUUUUGUCGGGACAAGCUAAAUCUCUGUAACGCUUUGAGUUUGGCAAAUGAUUGUCAUUGUGAAUGUUACUUAACGAACCUACUUUAAUUUAUAUUGAUUAGUCUGGACUGUCCAUUAACAACUACUUUUGUCAUUUUAACUUGGAUGGUGUAUUUUUUCUGGAAUCGCAUCUAUGUUAAUAAAUCACACACCGCUUUCUUAUCCUCACUCAUUUUUGAUGGAUGAGUGUAGCGAAGCGUGUUUGUGCAUGCUUGAUUGAUUGCGCUGGUGUGAACGUGCAUGCCCGUGUGCAUGUACGAGUGUGUUACCGAUUAAGUCAGGACCAUCAUGUAUUUACAUGGUACUCGGUUAACAGACAAUCCACAAAGAGACAAUUGGUUUCGCAGAAAUACGGCACUGGUCAAAGCAUUUUUUUAAUUUUUUAUUGUUAAUUAACGUCUCCAUUGUUUUCUUCUAGGUUUUUGUUUUUUCGCAAAAGUUACAGUUUUAAUGUAAUUUUUGAAGUGCAAAGUGUUUUAAAUAUAUUUUAUUGUCAUUCAUUUAUUUUCUUUUAUUGUUUUGUUAAAUACUAGUCACAGAACAAUGGUGUAACCUAUUUUAAAAAUGAAUGUAAUUUAUUAAGCCGAGCUUAAGCUACGUGCGGUCCUUAAAUACCAUAAAGUCGGCCAAUCAGAAAGAGCCGUUUCAACAGGACGUUGCAUUGUCGCAUAAGCGAGGCUAUAGAUUUGCUUGUGUUAUGUAAAAACGUUUAUUGUAUAGGUAAUGUUUUACCAAAAAAAAAACAAAAAAAAAAUAAACUUUUUGAAAAUAGAAAAAAAAAUAAAAUAAAAUCUCUGUAGAAUGAUAGUUAUUUCAUAAUAUUAAGUUGUUGCUGUGGCAGCCAAAAGUUGCAAAUACUAAAUUUUGGUAUUUUUGUAAAUGAUGUAAUUGUUAAGUUGAUCUACUUUCAUCCCCCUAAAUAGAUUGUAAAGCAGAUAUCGGAAUAUUUCCUAUUUUAUGUUGAGACCAAGGACUUUUCAGUAACAUGUAACGGCCUCUUUAUUGCUGUAACAUUUAAGAUAUAGUAAUAAUUACUCACCAGUAAAACAAAAUAGUGUGAUGUAACUUAAAAAAAAACAGUUUGCCUAUAUUAUUAUAGUGUUCAAUUAACCCAAGCCCCCUCGCCAUUUUAGAUUGGCAUAAAUUAUCUCAAGUACAUUAUUUAUAAAAAGUUGUCUUGGUUUGUUCAACAACUUAAACAAGUUAACGAUUGCACUUUUUAUUUAAUGUGACUGUAGGAUGUUCAUUUUAAACGAUGCACAAUGAAUAUGGUAUGUUUAACAACAACUCAAUAACGGUUCUUUUAUCGUUUUAGUUAAACCAGAGAACAAAAUAUUCAGUAAGCAUCUCGCAUGGUAUUUUAUGUCAAAUUAAGAAGUUAUUUUCCAUUUAAUCUAAGAAAAUAAAAAAAUAAAAAUAUAUUGAAUGUUUCUAUCUACACUAUAGAAAAAAAUCUGCACAUGUGAUGAAAGUAGCGUUUGUCCUUAAUGUGGGAUUUCGUACACCCCAAAAGAAUCGAAUUGUACAGAAAUGCAGGAGAAAAUCGUUGACUGAUGGUGACAAAGCACUUUCUAAUCAGAUUGUAUACUGAGCAGACAGCGUAUCCAAACACUUUGCCUUACCUUUAGUCCAUUGUUAUUAAGCUUUUAUGUUUCAGAGCUCUUAAUAUGUACUAGAGUGUCAACAGGUCUACUGAAUUUACUUCUCACAUCCAUUUAUAUUCGAAUAUGCUAUACCUGUAACUAAGAAAUGUAAGAGUUUUAUUAUUAUUUUGAAGCAUUUUCACGGAGAGGCCAAAAAGGUUUGAUGGUGUUGAAUGCUUUUCAACGCUCUUUACUGGUUGAGAUGCGACACCGUGGCUCUUUGAUGCCAUACCGAAGCGUUCUCAAGACAUUGUGGAUAUUUACGCUGUGCUGCUAUAGACUCCCAUCAGUAAUGCAGUAGCCCAUCGACAUAUAUACACACUGACACACAUUCACAGAGAUAAUAUGACAAGAAGAUUAUAAACCAAGCCAUCUUUGGAUAAUAUUAGUUUUCAUGUAACCAUUUUAAAUGUUUUAUUUGUGCAUAUAUAUAUUAUGUGCUAUUUUAUGUCAUAUAGUCAAUGUUUUUGGUUCCAGAAAAAUAGUGUAAAAUCUAUUGAGACAAACAAAUAAAUAAUAAUAAUAAAAAAAGGA